AGAGCAGCAACAGCAAGUCUGAAAUGUGAAGCAAAACAACUACGAAGAGUGAAGAGCAUAGCAAUUAAUAGCACUAUGGGUUUUGACUCAGGCUACGACAGAGCGAAGGAAGUGAAGGAAUUCGAAGAGAGCAAAGGAGGAGUGAAAGGACUCGUGGAUUCUGGCAUUCUCAAGCUUCCAAGAUUCCUCAUCCACCCACCAGAGACUCUUCCAUCAUCAUCAUCAUCUUCCACACGCUUGCAUUUGCAUGUUCCUGUGAUAGAUUUCACGGGACACGAUGUUGAUGAUCGCAGAAGGUCAGAGAUAGUGGGGGAGAUUCGGGAAGCAUCGGAAAAGUGGGGUUUCUUCCAAAUGGUGAAUCACGGAGUGCCAGUUAGCGUUAUGGAGGAGAUGGUGAGAGUGAUAAGAGAGUUUCACGAGCAAGAGAGGGAGGUGAAGAGAGAGUGGUAUUCGCGUGAUGAGAAGAUGAGAGUGAGGUUUUUCUGCAAUGGAGAUCUUCUCGUUGGAAAAGUUGCAAACUGCUGGAGAGACACCUUAAUGUUUGAUUACCAACAUGGUUCUCUUUCUCCUCAGGAUUAUCCACCACUAUGCAGGGAAGCAGUGAUUGGAUACAUGGAGCACAUUUUCAAGCUGAAGGAGACAUUGUCACAACUACUUUCAGAGGCAUUAGGGCUCAAUAGGGACUAUCUUACUAAGAUAGAAUGCAUGAAAGGUGAAACGGUGGUGUGCCACUAUUAUCCACCUUGUCCAGAGCCAGAGUUGACACUUGGCACCACUAAGCAUUCAGACCCAUCAUGCCUAACAAUUCUCCUCCAAGAUAACAUAGGUGGUCUCCAGGUUUUGCAUCAAAAUCAAUGGGUUGACAUAAACCCCAUUCCUGGAGCAUUAGUGGCCAACAUUGGUGACUUCAUGCAGCUUAUCAGCAAUGACAAGUUCAAGAGUGUUGAGCAUCGAGUACUAGUUGGACGAGUUGGGCCUAGGGUAUCAGCUGCAUGCCAUAUAUAUCCCAACAAAACCCAUAAAUAUGGGCCAAUAGAGGAGUUCAUAUCCAACGAAAACCCACCCAAAUAUAGGGAGACCCAUAUUGGGGAAUAUCUUGCUCAUUAUAGGCUUAAAGGGCUUGAUGGCUCCAAGGCCCUCUUAUAUUUUACGUUAUAAUUACUAGUUCAUGCCUAAUUGCCUAUGUAACUACGUUGAAAUAAAAUUGAUCCUUCAUGCUUUUCCUAUUAAGCCUUAAUCAUGCUUAUUAUAUUGUAAUGACCAAUACACAUGGUAACUUUAUCAUCUGAUUGCAAUUAUAAAAUAAAAAAACUUGUUAAAGAUUUGUGCAUUAA